AUGGCUAACGAAAUAGCCAAUGCUCCCAGUAAAACAUGGGAAUUAAGCCUCUAUGAGCUUCAUAGAACCCCACAGGAAGCAAUUACCGAUAACACUGAGAUAGCAGUUUCUCCAAGAAGUCUCCAUAGUGAAUUAAUGUGUCCAAUAUGUCUGGAUAUGUUGAAAAGUACGAUGACCACAAAAGAAUGUUUACACAGAUUCUGCCAAGAAUGCAUCAUUACAGCCUUGAGAAGUGGAAAUAAGGAAUGCCCAACGUGCAGAAAGAAAUUGGUAUCCAAGAGAUCCUUGCGACCAGAUCCAAAUUUUGAUGCAUUGAUAUCAAAGAUCUAUCCUAGCAGAGAUGAAUAUGAAGCCCAUCAAGAGAUGGUUUUGGCAAAUAUUGGAAAACAUCAUAACACUGCAUCCCUCACCCUCAGUAUUGAAGAAGGGUUGAGAUUGCAGGCCAUGAACAGAGCCCAAAGAGUGAGAAAACAUGCACCAGAUGUCAGUCAAAAUGGUGACGGAGAGAGUGAGCCCAUGCCUGAAGAAAAUGGCAUCAAUGGUGCUUCAAAUGGAAGCAUUGAUGCAGAAGUUGCUUCAAGUCCAAGUCACAGCCAUAAAACAGACAUGGAUGGCGAUCAAGAGGGUUCAACAUCUAAUGAUACAACACCAAAGAAGCGAGCUAAAAUUUACUCUGAUGAUUCAAGAGACAUUGAACUAGUUUUUAAACCAUAUCCAGAUUCAGAAGAUGAGGAGGAAGAAGAAGACGAAAAUUUGACAAGAUACAUCAAAACUACAGCAAAUGCUACAGUUGAUCAUCUGUCUAAAUAUUUAGCUAUUCGUCUCUCAUUGGAAGCACAGUCCAGUGACAAAACAGCAACUCCAGACGAUAAAUAUUCCAUUUAUAUUGCUUCCUCCCCUUACAACUACAGUGUAUUAGGUGGCAGUAUGACAUUAAGUCAAGUCAAUGAACGUUACUGGAAAGUGAAUAAACCUUUAGAAAUGUUCUAUAAGAGACAAGAUACAGCGCCUCCUAGAAAACCAGGAGACAAAAACUGA